AUACAUAUGACGAAGACCAGCGCCAUCGAAACCUUCCAGCGUCUCUCUCUCUCUCUCUCUCUCUUCUCUCCAUUCCGAGAACGAAAAAGGAGAGAAUCGAGGAGCGAUCGCCUCUCUCCCCAUUCCGCCCCUCUCCCGCGCCAAACCCUAAUUCGCGCAUCGAAGACGACGCAUCCUCCUCCUCUUCCUCCUCCUCCUCCUCCUCCUCCUCCUCAUCGUCGCCGUUUCCUCUUCUCCCAUGUCCAUCGAUCGAAUUGCCUCGGACGGAGGAGAUGGAGGUGGAGGAGGAGGAGGAGGAGGGGGGGCACCACCGCUACGUGAAGAUGCAGUCGGAGCCCUCAAUCCCCUCCUCGCACUCGUUCCGGCUCCAGGGGCCGGACGACGCGCGGAUCUUCGAGGAGUUGCCCGCCGCCACCAUCGUCUCCGUGUCGCGCCCCGACGUGGGCGACAUCACCCCCAUGCUCCUCACCUACACCAUCGAGUUCCAGUACAAGCAGUUUAAAUGGCGCUUGGUUAAAAAGGCAUCACAUGUUUUCUAUCUUCAUUUUGCAUUGAAGAGGCGUGCAAUUAUUGAGGAAUUUCAAGAGAAACAAGAGCAGGUCAAAGAAUGGCUUCAAAACCUCGGGAUUGGGGAUCAUACAGCUGUCGUACAAGAUGAGGAUGAAGCAGAUGAUGAGCAUGUCCCCUUGCAGCAUGAUGAUUCUGUCAAAAAUAGAAAUGUUCCGUCUAGUGCUGCAUUGCCAGUUAUUCGACCUGCUCUUGGAAGGCAACACUCCAUCUCUGAUCGAGCAAAGACAGCUAUGCAAGGUUAUUUAAAUCACUUUUUCGGGAACUUGGAUAUUGUGAAUUCUCGGGAGGUUUGCAAGUUUCUGGAAGUCUCUAGUCUAUCUUUUUUGCCCGAAUAUGGACCUAAGUUAAAAGAAGAUUAUGUUACCGUGAGGCAUUUGCCAAAAAUUCAAAAUGGUGAUGAUAAAAGAUGCUGUGCAUGUGGCUGGUUUAGUUGCUGCAACAGCAACUGGCAGAAGGUAUGGGCUGUAUUGAAGCCAGGAUUCUUGGCUUUACUAGAAGAUCCGUUUGAUACAAAGCUUUUAGAUAUUAUUGUUUUUGAUGUAUUACCAACUUCGGAUGGAAAUGGUGAAGGCCAUGUUGUUUUAGCAAAAGAAACGAAGGAACGCAAUCCUUUGCGAUUUGGGUUCCAGGUAUCUUGUGCUAGCCGGACGAUAAAGCUAAGGUCAAGAAGUAAUUCUAAGGUUAAAGAUUGGGUUGCUGCUAUAAAUGAUGCUGGGUUACGGCCUCCAGAGGGUUGGUGUUACCCUCACCGGUUCAGUUCUUUUGCACCACCUAGGGGUUUGACUGAUGAUGGAACUAUGGUCCAGUGGUUCAUCGAUGGGCAAGCUGCAUUCGAAGCAAUUGCUGCUUCUAUCGAGGAAGCCAAAUCAGAGAUAUUUAUAACUGACUGGUGGCUGUGCCCAGAAUUGUAUCUGAGACGUCCUUUUCAUCUUCACGCAUCCUCUAGACUUGAUGCUCUACUGGAGGCACGAGCUAAGCAAGGUGUACAGAUUUAUAUUCUUCUUUACAAAGAAGUUGCUCUUGCUUUGAAAAUCAACAGUGUAUACACUAAGAGGAGGCUACUUAACAUCCACGAGAAUGUAAAAGUUCUGCGUUAUCCUGACCAUUUCUCAACAGGCGUGUACCUAUGGUCCCAUCAUGAGAAAAUUGUGAUUGUUGACAAUCAAGUUUGCUAUAUUGGAGGACUUGAUUUGUGUUUUGGCCGUUAUGACAAUCCCAAACACGAAAUUGGUGAUUUUCCUCCACUGAUCUGGCCGGGAAAAGACUAUUAUAAUCCCAGGGAAUCUGAGCCAAAUUCUUGGGAAGAUACAAUGAAAGAUGAGCUAGAUCGUUCAAAAUAUCCUCGCAUGCCCUGGCAUGAUGUCCAUUGUGCUCUCUGGGGGCCACCUUGCCGUGAUGUGGCAAGGCAUUUUGUUCAGCGCUGGAAUUUUGCAAAGAGAAAUAAGGCUCCAAAUGAGCAAGCCAUUCCCUUGUUAAUGCCCCCACACCACAUGGUUAUUCCCCACUACAUGGGAAUUACAGAAGAAAAAAGUAGUGCCCAGAAUAAGCAACAGGAUCCCAAAUCUAAAGGUAUGAAAAAGAUGGAGUCUUUUUCUUCUUCUUCAUCAUGCCAAGACAUCCCAUUGCUGUUACCUCAAGAACCUGACCGGUUAGUACAGCCAAAUGGAAAUUUAGAGCCAAAUGGAAAUGUAGAACCAAAUGGAAAUAUAGAUCACCCAAGUAAAGCUAGUCGGAGCCAGCCCUUGCCUUUCCGAAAGACGAAAGUUGAACAUUCGGUUCAAGAUUUGCAGAUGAAAGCUUUUGUGGAUGAUCUUGGUUUCCCGCAUCCCCCAAGGGGAAGACGACAAUUCGAGGUAAUUGCGAAUGUACACCCAACAACGGAGAAUUCAGAUGAGUGGUGGGAAACACAAGACCGAGGUGAUCAAGUGGUUUCUGCAGAUGAAGCCGGACAAGUUGGUCCUAGAACAUUGUGUCAUUGUCAGGUUAUUAGGAGUAUUGGCCCAUGGUCAGCUGGAACAAGUCAGACCGAAGAAAGCAUUCACAAUGCCUAUAUUUCUCUUAUUGAGAAAGCGGAGCACUUCAUAUACAUUGAGAAUCAAUUUUUUAUAUCAGGUCUUUCCGGAGACAAUCUUAUAAGGAACCGUGUUUUGGAAGCAUUGUACAGGCGUGUUAUGCGAGCCGAAAAGGAAAAAAAGUGCUUCAGGGUUAUUAUUGUCAUACCACUUUUACCUGGGUUUCAGGGAGGUAUAGAUGAUGGUGGCGCAGCAUCUGUGAGGGCCAUAAUGCACUGGCAAUAUCGGACCAUUUGUAGAGGGCCGAACUCAAUAUUACAGAAUCUUUAUGAUGUUAUGGGUCCUAAAGCACAUGAUUAUAUCUCUUUCUAUGGCCUUAGAACAUAUGGUAGACUUUAUGAUGGAGGUCCCUUGGUUACCAAUCAGGUAUAUGUCCAUAGCAAGUUGAUGAUAAUUGACGAUCGCAUAGCAUUGGUUGGUUCAGCUAAUAUAAAUGACAGAAGCUUACUGGGUUCGAGGGAUUCUGAGAUCGGUGUACUUAUUGAAGAUAAAGAAUUCGUCACUUCACGUAUGAAUGGAAAGCCAUGGAAAGCUGGAAAGUUUUCUUUUAGUCUUCGCCUGUCUCUAUGGUCUGAACACCUUGGUCUUCACCGAGGGGAGGUCAAACAGAUUAUUGAUCCUGUUAACGAUGCAACGUAUAAAGAUAUUUGGAUGGCCACGGCAAAGACAAAUACAAUGAUAUACCAGGACGUAUUCUCCUGCGUUCCGAACGAUCUUAUCCACUCAAGGGCUUCUUUUCGACAAAGCACAGCCUAUUGGAAGGAGAAGAUCGGGCACACGACCAUCGACUUAGGAAUUGCUCCGGAGAAGCUGGAGUCUUAUCAGAAUGGAGAUCUCAAAGGCACAGAUCCUAUGGAGAGAUUACAAUCCAUUAGGGGACACAUCGUUUCUUUUCCGUUGGAUUUUAUGUGCCAGGAGGAUUUGAGACCGGUUAUUAUGGAGAGCGAGUAUUUUGCCUCUCAAGUUUUUCUCUAGGUUUUUGAUGAUUCAUUGAAGAAUACACUCACCUGUAGAGUAGUGUUGUACAUAUAGUGCGGUCGAGCGGCUUGUAAAUUCAUCCAAGAUUGAAGAAGAGUAUAAAUGAAGCAAAAAAAGAAAGAAGAAAAGAGAAAAGAAAAUAUGAGUAAUAGGUGUCAGAAACAACUUAGCACAUGCUAUAGGUUAUUUGCUUGGAGGAUUGAGAAAUAAUUCAAUUAAAUAUUCGUUUAAAUUAUAAUUUUACCGAUCUAUUGUGCUGCUCGUUUA